AUGGCUUCCAACAACAAAAACUUUGUUGUGAAGUAUUUUGAGUGCAUGCAUAACUAUGCAGCAGGAUCUGCUGGCCAUGUACUUGAUGGUUGUGGUGAAUUUUGUCCAGCUGGUCCUCCUGGAACCCCAAAAUUCUUAAUCUGCGCUGCUUGCAACUGCCACCGGAACUUCCAUAGAAAAAUGGAGGUCGAGGUAGAGGUCGAAGAGGAGCCUCCUCUCCUCUCUAUUUAUCCCCCUAGCUAUGGUACUACCAUUGUGAUUGAUCAUGUUCCACCAACACCAGCAUCUCCAGCACCACCAAGAAGUAGGCCUCGUGAAGUUAGGUUGGACAAGUACAAGGUUGUUGCGAGGGCCCCACCAACGGCCGCUGAGAUGGGCGGAGGAGAGAUAGAAGUGGGGGAGCAGAGCAGCAGGUUGAUGAAAAGAAAGUACGAGAGUUCAUCAUCAGUGAGAAUGAGGCUUAAUGAUGAACAAAAGCAAAAAGUGAGGGCUUUUGCUGAAAAUAUUAUGGGGUGGAGAUGGACAAAGUACAAUGAUCAAGUCGAACCCUUUUGUGAUGAGAUUGGAAUCACUCCCAACUUCUUGAAGAAUUGGAUUGACAACAACAGGCGUCGAAUUGGCCGGGCCGGGCUGGGACUAAAAACACCAUAUAAGGAAAACUGA